GAGGCUUCCCCUGCCCCAUUUUGGUCAAAGCAAUCACCCUGCUCUGGGCACUGCAGGCCCCCCAAGGACCCCACGCUUCAAACCACUGUGAACAAGAAGGGGACAGUGCCCUGCUACUCCGGAAUGGGUUAAAAAACAACAGCAGAUGCUACUCCCCAGCUCUCCCAUAGAUCUGUACCCAAAACAGACCCUGAGCACUCCCAGCAGUGCCCGGUUCAGCAGUGCCCGGCUGCAGUUCAAGGCUUUCCAGCACUGCAGCACAUUGGCCAGGCUUUCUGGUGGUUGCAUUUUUCCCACAUGAAAGCAGUAGCUACACCCCAAAGCAGCCCUGACUCAUCCCUGCCCGGCAUCCGUCCUCCCCCUCCCUUUCAUUUGGGCAGCGUGAGAUCACAGUUUGGCUGCACCAACAAAGCACCCGAGCCACUUCCCCCAAAGUGGCCGUACUUUACUUGUCAGCUCCUUCCUCUUCCUCUUCCUUCUCAGUGCGGGACAAACAACUUCACCAAAGCAAAGCAAAGCAAAAGAAAGGUUCUGUUGCAGCUUCUCAACCCCAGAGGGAACCAGCUCUGCCAGCAGCCCCAGGUUGUUUCUUGCCCUCAUUUUCCGGGCAGGACUUGGCCUCGCAGGCGUGGUUUGCAGGCAGACUUUGCAGGCAGCUCUCAGCCGCUUCGUCCGGAGAGCUCCAACCUCUGCUCCACGGAGCCAAGCUGCAGCCAGAGAGACCCCAGCCCGACUUUGGGGUACCCCCGGUUCCAGGAUGCCCACCUCCGAGCUCUCCUUGGCUUUGGCUUCCUACUGGCCUUCCUCAGCCGUUACGGGGUGGGCAGUGUGGCUGGCAGCCUCCUUAUCGUGGCUUUCACCAUCCAGUGGGCCAUACUGGCCCAGGGGCUCUUUUACUUCUCCCAGAACAGCAAGAUUUACGUGAGCACUCAGAGCAUGGUCAGUGCUGACUUCUGCACCGCAGCCAUCCUCAUCUCCACCGGGGCUGUUCUGGGCAGGGUGAAUCCCAUCCAGAUGCUGUUGAUGGCUCUGCUGGAGGUGCCUCUCUUUGCUUGCAAUGAAUACGUCCUGCGGAGCCUCCUGGGGGUAAGCGACAGUGGAGGCUCCUUGACCAUCCACACUUUUGGUGCUUAUUUUGGCUUGACGGUUUCACGCGUCUUGCACCGGCCCCACAAGGACAAAAGGAAAGAGCAGCAGGACGUGGGGCACCAGCCCGAUCUCUUUGCUGUGGUUGGAACCUUUUGCUUGUGGAUCUUCUGGCCCAGCUUUGCCUCAGCCACCACAACCCACGACAGCGCCGAGCCCUGGGCAGUGCUGAACCUCUACUUCUCUAUGGCAGCGAGCACCCUGGCCACCUUUGUCCUCUCACCUAUCCUGUAUGAGGAAGGCACACUGCAGGUGGCCCAGCUCCAGGAUGCCACCUUGGCCAGCGCAGCCGUGAUGGGGAUGGCAGGGGAGAUGCUGUCCACCCCCUUUGGGGCUCUCACAGCAGGCUUUCUGGCCAGCCAGCUCUCCCUGCUCGGCUCCAGGUUCCUCUCGCCCAUCCUGCGAUCCAGGCUGAAAACCGAGGACACGUGUGGAGUGCACAACGUCCAUGGGCUGCCGGGGAUCCUGGGCACCUUCCUGGGGACACUGCUGGCAGCGCUGGCCACCGCGGAUGUAUACGGCGACAGGCUGCAGCUCGUCUUCCCGCUGGUGGCCGAAGGCAGCCGCACGAACGCUGAGCAGGCGCAGUGGCAGCUAUGCGGGCUGCUGGUCACCCUGCUGUUGGCUGCCUCCGGGGGCGGCCUCACGGGAAUCCUCCUGCGAACGAAGGUGCUGAGGUCUCCCCCCGAGGGGAACGAGUUGGAGAGCAAAGUGCUGCGGGAGAUGGAUGAGGAUGGAUGUGACCGCGGGGCGAGCAGCGAGGAGCGAGGCAACGUCGCCUGAUAGCGUGGUGAGCUCCAGGCACUGCCUGCAGCCCAACGUUCCCAACCAGGGUCGUCUCCACGCCGUCCCCAGGGGAUGUACAGCGAGGAGAUGCUGCAGUCGUUUGGGUUCUUGCUGUGGGAAGAAAGGACAGCCCAGCUUCGCGAGGAUCCAGACCUUGCUUGGUUGAGAGGUGCUUCCUGCCAGCUCUGCUCCGUGCCUUCGUUUUCUCCACCUGACAUAGGGAAGAGCUGCGGGGAGGGCUUUUCUUUAGGGUGCUGCGCUGGGAAGGGGCGUACUGAGCUGAAGGGCAAACAGCAGAGACUUUUUCUAUGGAUCCUGUCGACCACCGCCAUUAAAACACCUCUGUCUUCUUUUGUAACUUCAGGAUUUGGCCGUGAAUUCACACCUGGUUUGCCAGGGAAGAAAGCAAAGCCCCCAGGAUCCCCUCACCCCUCACAGCAGUGCUGGGGAGUCACAGGUUCCUCAUUUGAGCCACGGAUUUCGUGCUUAGCUCUAACCCCUCCAUUACCUCAGCCACCAGAGGGUGCCACAGCCCGGGGCCUGGCCAUGGUGACAGCCUGGUCCCUUACAUGCAGGUGGCCUCCCUUCUCCCAUCCAGCUCCUUGCACCAGGAGGAUCCCUCCUCCAAAGCAGCCAAAUGUCACUCAGUUCCCUUGAGAGAGGGAUGCCCCAUGGUCCUGGUUGGCACCACACUGAAAAUACACUGAGAUCUGAAAUGAGACUGGGGAGGAGGGAGCAAAAAACCAAACCAAACCAAACAAAAUGACAACAACAAAACAACUAUUUGCUUCCAGGCUGACCAAAAACGUUGCUUUUAGAUGGGGCUCUUUAAUUCCUUUUAGAAAUAAUGCAGAAAAAUUUGGAGGCUGGCGCGCUGUUCCACAUCAGGAGUUGAAAACAUUUGCCUUUGAUACACAUCAAACCAAUGCUGUAAUGUUCCCAGGGAUCCCCACUUGCUCAUCACUAAGAACCCAAUGAAAUCAAGGUGCAUGCUGAGUGCUUUGGUUCCAUUGCAUUUCCACAAAAAAAAAAGGAGCCCAGCAUCACGACAUGAGGCUCCAUCCUCAUUGCAGGCCCAGGGGGUUUUGCUCCUGGUCCAUCCUAACCUCACUCCAGGCUCUGUUCCAUGGAGAAGAUGCUUCUCACGACCCAUGGGAGGCAGAAGAGCACUGGGGCUGGGCUCCAGCCUGCAGCCCCUAACUCCACUCUUUCACCCCCCCUCCUCACUCCCUUUCCCAGGCAGCCCUUUUCCCUUUUGAUCUCCUCCCAAAAAAGCAACCCCACUGCGAAGGAAAGAAAAGCCCCUCCAGUGAGAUCAUUGCAAGACCCCCGGGGCUGGGGUUGGGCGUGGAGUGCAACUCCCUCCUCUUCCUCCUCGGCCCUCUGAAGGCUCUUAUGCCCUAUAAUCGGAUUAGGGAGCCCUGCACCCUCCCAGUGCCUGGCUCACACACCUCUCUCCCCGCAGACUGUUUAAGCGAGGCGAGCGCAGAGCCGGCCCUGACAGCGGCGGCGAGGGUCGGUGGGGACGGCGACGAGCCUGAAAGGUUUCGUCAGCGAACAAAUUGCUUCUCUGUAGGGGCCGUUUUCUUCCCAAGUUGAACAUAAUGAUGGCAGUUUGGUGAACAGAUGGCGCGGCUGAGCGGAUAAUCCUGGAGCGAGAGGCUGGGCUGGCUCUGCCACGGCACCGGGGUGCAGAUGGGCGCUGUGACGGUGGCACCCGGUGGGACGCAGGUUGGGCUUCGUGCCUUGAUGUUUUGCAGGCCCUGAGCACAGCAGCAGGGUCCAAAGCCCCUCAUGCCUCAGUUUCCCAUCCCUGUGACCCCUCGCAACCCAUCUGUAGAAGAUGCACUCCAUACAGGGGAAGCCAAAACAUCCAUACAGAAAAGCCAAUUUAUCAUUUGCCAUUUAGCUCCCAUUUGCACCCCGACUCCCAGCUCUGUCCCCUGGGAGCCCUGGCUCUGCCAGCACCUUGCCCUCUACAUUGGCAGCUCAGCUGCUGAGGGCCCUGCCUCCAUCACCUCCUCUUUCUUUCUCCUGAGCUCAAUCAGCUGCUUGGAGGGUGUUGCUCGAGGAAAAGCAAUAACCACAGCUCUCCUACAGCUGGGGAAACUAAGGCACACAAAGAGGUGCCUGCAAGUGCACUGGAAUUAGCAGCAGGACAAAGCCCAGGCUUGCGAUGUUGCUGGUGUAUGUGUCCUUACACAUCCGUGGCCCUUACUGCCUCCCCCUAAGGAGCAGCUGAUGCUGUGUUCUGCUUGAUAGAAAGCCAGCUAAUCAUCUUUCCCACCUUCGUUAGAGUGUGAAUUGUUAUCUGAGCGACACCUGUAAAGCUCCUUGUCAGACAGGGCUGGUGCACACGUCUGAUAAUGGGCACCAGAUGGGAGCAGGGAGGCUCGGAGAGGCAUAGGGGCCCAGGCAUCCCUGCUCCAAACAAAGAGCAGAGCCUGACAGCUCUGAUGGCCACGUGGCAUCACUGUGCCAUAGGAACACCCGGCAGCACGGGUGCUCCAUGUCUGCCAUUUCCCAGGUGGGAGAGCUCUGAGCCACCAAGGCGCUGUGCCCUGGAGCAUCCUGGCACUGCCUAUGGGUGCAAAUCAUAGAAUCAGAAUGGCCUGGGUUGGAAAGGACUUAACAUAACCUAAAUCCAAAUCCUGACUCCUUCCGGAUCCAUUGGCUGGACACAGAAUGGAUGCG